AAUAUUCAACAAGCAAACAGAUUGAACCCUACAACUGUUCAUAAGUGGUUUAACAUUGUAGAGGACAAAAUUUUAAAGAAAGGAGUCUUACCUGAGAACAUAUUUAGAAUGGAUGAGUCUGGGUUUCCUCUAGCUAAUAAUAGUAUAAGGUGUGUUAUUAGAGCUAGAGGGAAAAGGAUUCAGUACAAGCAAGGAGGGGCAAAUAGAGAGACUGUAACUACUAUCAUUACAAUCUGUACUAAUAGCACUUACCUGAAGCCAGUUAUCAUCUUCAAAGAGACUAACUUGCCUAAUAGGUUUACUUGCUCUCCUAAUGGCUGGACUGACAGUGAAAUUGCUCUAGACUGGUUCCAGAAUCAGUUUGAGUCAAGUACAAGAGAGUAG